AAAGUCAAGAACGUUUCAAUUAUUAUGAUCUAUUAAUGAUCCUUCUCAAUUGGAACUAUGCACGCAAGAAUGUUUCGUAAUCGUACGCAUCUUCAGUUCACUCUUAGCUUUGCUGUAGUUAUCUCGUUCCGCUUCCUUGUAAAGCUUGUUAUAAUGCAGUGAUAGUAUUGUUUUUAAUUAAGUGUAGUGUAAUUUAUAUUAAAAUAUAAGUAUCUUAUUUUACAAUUGAUACAAAUAAUAGUGUUCAUUAGUUUAAAGACGUUUAAAAGUUUAUUAUAUGGGGUAAAAGGAUGCCACAGACGCCAGAAAAUGAAGCCACAAAAACGCCCAUGCAAGUAUUGGAAGAGGCCUUGGAACAUGGCAAAUUUGGCUACUUCAACUACAAACUCAUGUUGGCAACUUUCAUGGCUGUAUUCUCUUACACGAGUGUGACUACGACAUCAUCUUACAUCCUUUCCAGUGCAGAAUGUGAUCUCAAUAUGAGUAUAAUGGAAAAGGGCAUGUUGAACGCCAUGCCAUUUUUUGGACAAGUGGCGGCAGCCCCGUUCACCGGAUUCAUAACGGAUGCGUUCGGGAGAAAAUUAUUCCUUGUUUGGGGGCACGCCGGGAUUUUGGCAUGCGCGCUUCUCGAAGGCACGAGCCAAAAUUACUGGAUGCUGUUGCUUGGGAAACUUCUAGAUGGCAUAUUUUUAAGCUUCACAUACAGCGCGACAGCUGUCAUGGUGACAGAAUGCACCCACAAAGGCGUACGAGACAGAGUGCUAUUGGUGUACUCUUCUUUUAUGUCGUUAUCGCUUAUCCUUUGCGCAUUAGUGGCCUGGGGAAUGCUGAUGACUCCAUGGCACUUCGUCAUCAUUAAAGGAUACCUUGAAUUCCACCCAUGGAACAUAUAUCUUUACUCAACUGGCAUCACUAGUUUAAUAGCGAUGUUAUUGUAUAUACAUUUACCAGAAAGCCCGAAAUUUCUACUAACAUUAGGCAAAGAAUCGAAAGCUUUGGAAGUCAUUAAAAGAAUUUAUCAUGAAAACAGUAGACAGUCAAAAGACACUUUUCCAAUUAAAUCGUUCAACGCUUCUGGAGUGCAUUUUACACCAGAAAAAAUUAGCAUCAAGAAAAAAAUGUCUAACGCGUUAUUUCAAUCAAAGGAGUUGUUCAAGAAACCAUUGGUUUUUAUACUUUUGUUAUUCGGAAGCUCGUACUUUGUAAAUUUACUUGCGUACUCCGCGCUAAGGCUUUGGUUCCCUCAAAUUUCGACAAUUAUAGAAAAUUACCAAUACAGACAUGGCGGGGACACUGAUCGUUUCUGCGUCAUGAUCGACGGCUACACGAGCGAGCUGGCCAAGAACGUAUCGCUGGCUGCGGCGACCAACAGCGUUACAGAUAUCUGUGUACCUCAUCCCGCUGGUCCUGAUACAUAUAUCAACGGGAUGAUCCUCGGAGUGCAAUCUCUGGCCUUUAUCCUCAUCAGCACAGCACUGGUGGAUCACAUAGGCCAGAAACCUCUGAUGUUCGUUGUGUUCGUAGCCUGUGCCACGUGCUCAGCUGCUCUAUACUGGACAAGCUCCCCGUUAUCCAUUGGAUUAUUGAUAGCAGGAACGUGUGCGUUAAUGCAGUGUGCGCUGAGUAUACAAAACACGGUGUUGAUGAGAGUGGUGCCUACGAGUGUAAGAGCAUUAGCGUUGACGUUAAACAUAAUGUUGGGAAGAGUUGGAUCUCUAGUGGGGAGCGUUCUUUUCCCCGUGAUGUUGCAAAGGGGCUGCAUGUUUCCAUUCAUGACAUUAUCUAUUAUAACAUUAUGUGUUGCUGGGAUGGUCUACUUUUAUCCGAACCCGAAGAAGGAAAACGCUGCAGCAGGAGACAAAUAAAAUUGACAAUAAAUUAAUGACAAACCUGU